UUGAGCAUCCUCUCUCUUCAUCAUCAGGAACAUCUGUAGAUUGGAUAAGGCAAAACCGUUCCAUCACUCUGUGGAGGAUAAGUGGGCUAUUCUACAUCAACGGCAGAGCAAACUACUUCAAUAAAAACACUGCAAGAGCAUUCUGAUCUGUUUUCAUACUUCAGAUCUAAUUCCUCCUGACUGUAUCAACAUGCAGCAGCCUGAAACCCAGCAGACAACCCCGCAAACAUCAACAGAACUGCUGGACCCAGAAGUUCAGUACCAGCGGCGGGGGAAAACAGCUCUGUGGGUGACCAUUUCCCUGCUGGCUCUGGCUCUGGUGGUUCUGGCCGUGGGUCUGAUCUCAGCCACUCGUACAGACAAUGUACCUGUUUCUGGAUAUUACCCCGGCAUCACACUCAGUUUUGGAGCAUUUCUGGGUAUUGUUGGAAUUCACCUGGUGGAAAACCGCAGACCAAUGCUUGUGGCAGCAAUAAUCUUUAUCAGUAUUGGAGUAAUUGCAUCCUUCUUCUGCGCCAUUGUGGAUGGGAUUAUCGCCUCAGAGUUCAUUGACAUCAGGCCAUUGCAGGAGGACAUGUGUGACUUUUACACCAGUGGAUCUGGUUAUGCCUAUGACAGUUACUACACAGAGGUGACGUGUCGUUCAUUCAACAAAGCUUGUGAGCUGAAAGUGAGGAGCAACACCUGCUACUGCUGCUAUCUGUACAACUGUGAGAGCGGCGAUUACCACACACACUACUACGAGUUCACCGGGGUCAGCAGCUGCUGGGACGUCAUCCACCUGCACCGUCUGCUGUGGGCCUCAGUGGUGCUUAACGUGAUCGUUUUGUUCCUGGGCAUCAUCGCUGCCGCCAUCCUUGGAGCGUAUAAGGACAUGAAGCCCUCUCCUCAGAUCGCUCCCAGUCCAGCACCACCACCUCACAUCCUGUACAACCCAAACCAGCACAUGCUGUCCUACUCUGGCUUCUGUCCUCCAGGCCAGGCCCUGCCGGCCUACCCUAACUACCCCAUACCCAUGCAGCAUACCAGCAACUACCAGGCACCUGCAACUCCCCAGAUGCACCCUGAGGGAAACUCCACCUCCUGCAGCUCCGAGGAGAACCAGAACCAGCAGCCCUCCCAGGUCCCCAUGCAGCCACACCCUCAGGGAACCGCCCAGGACCCCGGAGGCUACAUGCUGACUCCCAACGCUCCUGCCCUCUACGGAUCCUCAUACAGCCCCUUUGAGAAACCUCCACCGUACGCCUGCUGAUUGCUCACAAAGGGGGCUUCGUAUAACGUCUUCACCUGGUUGGACUGAAUGUAGCACAAGACAUUUUGUAGGGAACUUCGUGAGGUGAGAGCUCACGCGAGCUUCACAGCUGCAGUUGGAUUUUGCAUUUGUUGAAGUGCAAAAGGGUUUUAACUGAACACAGAUUUCUAAUAAUAUAGUAUUAUUAUACAUAACUGUUUCCUGUGCGGUCUCUAGAAGGUAGCUUUUUUGUUAAUCCUAACGUUUGCCUUCAGAUACCGAAAUAUCCUACAUACAUAAAUGCAUCGUAGUGAAUUUGACUGCUCUGACUUUGACGGGAUCACAGUUCCUCCUGUGAGUUAUCUCACUGCAUCAUCCACUGUAGGGGAAUAUUAAAAGGGCUUUCUUGAAAGUUAAACUCGAGAGUAAAUGAUUGUUAUGACUCCGUUAUUUAUGUUUGUGUAAAUCAUUUAACAUGCACUUUACAGUCAAUGUACUUUAUGUAUAAUUCAUGAUGCUUGUUAGCUGCUGGGAUUCUGUAACUGCUGCUGUGUAAUCGUGUAUUCAACUGGCACCUACACACGUGAAGUAAGGGCUUUAUAAAAUAGACAGUGUGUAUGUAUAUAUACGUAUACAAAUUAUAUAUAUAUAUAUAUAUAUAUAUAUAUAUAUAUAAUAUAUAUAUAAGCAUCACAUUUAGAAUAUGUUUUCCAUUUUGAAAAUACACCCAUUUGCUUGUUACAGUAUGUGAGCGUUAGAUUAGUGGGCUGAAACAUUAUGUGUGAACAAACUGUCUGAAACAUGAGUGAUGUCACUUUCAUCCAAUAAAACUUUAUUAAUCCCUGAAGGGAAAUUAUAUCAUGUAUUAUAUUUAAUAUUAAUCUCUCGUGUAAUCAAAUAAAUUAAUUUCCCUUUAGAAAAAAAGAAAGUAAUAAAAAAAAAAUACAAAAAUACAUUCAUGAAUUGUGUAACUUUUUAAACAGGAAAAAAAAACAAAUUUAAUUGA